CAUUGCUGGGGGUGAAUCGGAAUAGAAAACAAUAUUUUGAGUUAUUUUCAAUAAGUCUUAAAAAUUUUAUGUUCUCCAUGUUGGGGUAAUGAGUUAAUCUGAACAUUGGAAUCGGUUAAAAAAUACAUCCCCUAAUUGGCUGGGGCGAGCCAGGUAAAUUAAGAUGGCACUUAUUGAUGAUCCUAAUGCUCGUAUGAAAUAUCAGCAGUACCAGUCAUACGAGCAAGCGUCUGACAGAGAUGCUCGUAUGCUAGAGGAUCGUCGUCAAAAGUUGGUUAUGAUGUAUGAAAGUAACCAACCUAACAGACAACAACUUCAAAAUGAAAUACGUGCAAUUGAUAAUCAGUUGAAUCAAAUGCAUAUGCAACGGCAAGGGAUGGGAGAUUAUGGUAUGCAUCAGCAAGCUAUGAAUAAAAUGAAUCAAACAGCCAUGUGGAAUCAAGGCUAUAACAUUGACUCUGGUAUUCAAACUGCUGCACCAUCAAUCAAAGGUGGUGAUUUUGAUGAUGAUGUGUCAUCGCACCAUUCUUUCCAACAAUUCGAAUGGGAACAAAAUUUCACUGGUGAACCUAUGGAUGCUCAGAUGAAUGAACAGUAUAAUAACACACGAAGCCAUAGAGUGAGAGCUGCAAUGUUUCCUGAAACAAUGAAUGAUGGAAUGGAUAUACCACAAACUCAAAUGGACCCUGGAAAUCCAACUGCUGUACAACGCUUGGCUGAGCCUUCCCAAAUGUUAAAAACUGCUGUUGUUGACUUGAUCAACUAUCAAGAUGACGCUGAUCUGGCAAAUAGGGCUAUACCUGAACUUAUUCGUCUACUACAUGAAGGUGAUUUGCAGACCGUUCAACAGGCUUCCACCAUGGUGAAUCAGCUGACUAAGAAAGAGGCCAGCUGCCAUGCUGUUAUGAAUAACAUGCAAAUGGUAGCCACAUUAGUAAAGGUAGCUACAAAUUCCAAUGAUGCUGAAACUGUACGAUGUGCUGUUGGUGCUUUGCAUAACAUGUCUCAUCACAGACAAGGACUGUUGGCUAUUUUUAAAAGUGGUGGUAUACCAGCAUUAGUAAGACUCCUUGGUUAUCGUGUGGAGGCUGUCGUAUUUUAUGCCAUCACCACCUUGCACAAUCUCCUACUGCAUCAAGAAGGUGCGAAGAUGGCAGUCCGGUUGGCUGGUGGCUUACAGAAAAUGAUUGCACUGUUACAUAAAACGAACGUUAAAUUUUUGGCUAUCGUUACAGAUUGCUUACAGAUUUUGGCAUAUGGCAAUCAGGAAUCAAAAUUGAUAAUAUUAGCAUCAGGUGGACCCGUUGAGCUUGUGAAAAUAAUGAGAAGUUACACAUAUGAGAAGCUUUUAUACACAACAUGUCGUGUCUUGAAAGUUUUAUCUGUGUGUUCCAGUAACAAACCAGCCAUCGUUGAGGCUGGUGGUAUGCAGGCAUUGGCAAACCAUCUAUCCCAUCAGAGCACACGAUUGGUUCAAAAUUGUUUGUGGACUCUUCGUAACCUGUCUGAUGUGGCGACCAAACAAGAAGGUUUGGAAGGCUUGUUGCAAAUGCUAGUACAACUUCUUGCAUCCAACGAUAUCAAUGUUGUCACAUGUGCUGCUGGUAUCUUGUCGAACCUUACCUGCAACAAUCCAAGAAAUAAGCAAGUCGUAUGUCAAGUCGGAGGUAUUGAAGCUCUCGUACGUACUAUCACUCAAGCUGGUGACCGUGAAGAGAUCACUGAACCUGCUGUAUGCGCUUUACGUCAUUUAACAAGUCGACAUCCUGAUGCUGAACAUGCUGAGAAUGGUGUUCGUCUCCACUUUGGAAUACCUGUUUUGAUUAAGCUGUUAAAUCCUCCAUCAAGAUGGCCAUUGAUUAAGGCUGUUAUAGGUUUAAUUCGAAAUCUUGGUCUAUGUCCUGGCAAUCAUACACCUAUUCGCGACCAAGGGGGAGUACCAAGACUUGUCCAGCUUUUGAUGAAGUCAUACCAGGACGUGCAACGACGUGGUCCAGGUGCUUCCAGUAUGGUUGAUGGUGUAAGAAUGGAAGAAAUAGUCGAAGGCACUGUUGGAGCUUUGCACAUCUUGGCUCGUGAGUCAUUAAAUCGAUCCAUCAUUCGUGAAUUAAACUGUAUACCGACAUUCGUACAGCUUCUCUUCUCUGAUAUCGAAAACAUUGUCCGAGUAGCAGCCGGCGUGUUGUGUGAGUUGGCUCAAGAUAAAGAAGGAGCAGAUUCCAUCGAACGGGAAGGUGCUACGACCAUUCUCACUGAACUUCUACAUUCGCGAAAUGAAGGCAUAGCUGCGUAUGCCGCAGCUGUUCUCUUUCGCAUGUCGGAAGAUAAAAGUCAAGACUACAAAAAACGCUUAUCGGUUGAAUUAACCAGCUCACUAUUUAGAGACGAUAUGCCGUGGGAGCCUGGAAAUACGGAAAUGGCUGAUAUUUUAACAACUCAGUCGUAUCAGGACGAGCUCUACUCUCCCCAUAUCACUCAACAAAGCCAGACAAGCUCCAUGCAGUACACAAACUCGUUUCAACAACACCCAUUCUUUCCUCAACAGCAACAGCAACAACAACAACCACCAUUAACCGGUGGAAACCCGUGGUUUGAUUCGGAUAUGUAACUUUUGUUGGAGGUGGGAUUUAGUUGUAGUCUUUCGUGGUAUUUGUGUGGAAAAAGGUGUACCUGGCGUGAAGUGAUUAUAGUGGAUUUUGUUAUUUUGUUGGUGUUCUAACUAGCACGGACUAUUUCUAGCAUCUUGUAUAUAGACUCUCCUUCGCAGAUAAUUGUAUUAGAAUAAUAUAAGCGAGAACUUUUUAUUUUAUUGACCUGCGGUAGAGAGAUUUUGUGUAGUUCUUUUAUCUUUUUUUAAUUUUGGCAAUUUUUCAUAUAAUAAUUAUCCUAUCCUGAUGACUUUUAUGACUACAGGUUAAAUUCCUAUAUUUCCCGCUUGAGAAAAUAUGAUGAAAAACUAAAAAAAAGUCUCUACAACGCCCUUGUUUUUUUUUCAAUUUUUGUUUAUUUUUUUCUUCAUUGUAUGCAUUAUUUUCAAUCCUACUCGUGUAUAACUGAUCCAUAUAUAUAUAUAUAUAUGUAUACAUACACAGAAACAUGUUGUUGAUAUGGCAUUGUUUUGUUAUUUUAA